AUGCGUGGGACUUUCAUUCUUUUUUUUCUUUCGGUGCUGUGCGCCUCGGCCGCUGUCACUGAGUCUAAUCUCAAAUCUCAUGUUGAUGUGCUGGCGCUCGACCAUUCCUUCAACCCUGUCAAGGCGGCUUACUGGACCGGUUAUCCUCACCACCGACGCACUCCGUUCGCUGUCUCUCCUAAUGGAAAGACAGCAUACAUAGCCUAUCUCGAUGCCAGCGAAACCGAUGUCCAUGUCCAGGAAGUGAAUCCUACUACAUUCAAGGCUACUGGAACCACCGUCACUAUAAGCGGUGGAAAAGAAGCUGGUGGUCUUGUUGCUCAUGACGAUGGCUUCGCUCUUCUCACCAAUGAGGCAAUGCCUUCCGGCACUGCUAACUCGCCCCCAAGCGACACCCCCGUCGCCGUACUCUAUCGCUAUACCAACGGCAAGAAGACCUGGAAGACUUGGCUCGGCGGUCCCGGCGUUCACACCUCUGACGGCCUCUCCGCCUCCCCCGAUAUGAACGGUGACCUCGUCUACUCUUACACCGCAGAGAAAUACGGCGCAUACUUUGUUGUGACGGACUACUCCGGCGAUGCAUCAGGCCACUACGGCGACAGCGUUCAGUACGUCUCCAAGACCGGUACUCUCGAGACUAUCUCCGGCGCAUCAAGCUCUUGGGGAUGUAGCCACAAUACCGGCAUCGCGCUGGAGGUUGCUCCAAACCCCCCUUUCAUGAGUAUCUGUGCCGAGGACCAAGGCGCUAUCUGGUUAAACUCCAAGACUCAGGGCAUGACCAAUGACGGAGUCAAGAUCUCCAACGAGAACACUACCAACGGUGCCUCUGGAGAGCCCAUGGGAGGUAUGUCCGGCAGCUACAGUGCUUUGGCGCGCUUUGCGAAGACGAGUCGCUAUAUUUUUGCUUGGGUCUCGCGGGGUGCUGUCGAUAUUACGGAAAACACUUGGAUGGGAGAUGGAUACACACAUGUCACUAACCGUACCAACGAGCGCAAUGUUGCUAUUUCCUUGUUUACGAACAAGUACGACAAGGUCGGUGCUCAGGCUAGCUCGGUGGUUGGCGCCGAAGACGGUGAUGCUCAGGUUACCUGGAUCACCUCUGGAUCGAACGACUGCUCCAAUGCUCACGCGGCAACCUUCAGCAAUGAAUCUGCCCUGGUUACCUGGGAAGAGAUCUCGAACCCUACCUGUGAUUACAUCGCCAUGGGAUGCCGGGGCACUUUUGCUGGAUCGUACUUCCAGCAGGUGAGCCACGACGGUAGCAAGAUGGGCAGCGCUAUCAAGAGUGAAGAGAUCUACGUUGCUGGUGACAUGGUUACCAUUAGCGAUGGUCGUCUCUGCUGGCCUUAUGUUAGCAUGACGUGGGAUCUCUCGCAGGCGGUUGGUUGGGGCUUGACCGUCGCGAACACCACGUCCAUGAGCUUCGCUUGCAUGAACCUCAAUGCGUAA